UGCUCUCAUUGUGACAAGAGAUUUUCUAACAAGGUCAAUCUUACAUAUCAUAUUAGAACACAUACAGGAGAAAAACCAUAUAUUUGCACUCAUUGUGAGAAGAGAUUUGCUAAAAAGAUUGAUCUUACCCGUCAUAUAAGAAUACACACAGGAGAAAAACCUUAUCAUUGCUCUCAUUGUGACAAGAGAUUUUCUAACAAGGUCAAUCUUACAUAUCAUAUUAGAACGCAUACAGGAGAAAAACCAUAUAUUUGCACUCAUUGUGAGAAGAGGUUUGCUAAAAAGGGCAAUCUUACCUGUCAUAUAAGAACACACACAGGAGGAAAACCUUAUCGUUGCUCACAUUGUGACAAGAGAUUUUCUAACAAAGUCAGUCUUACAUAUCAUAUUAGGACACAUACAGGAGAAAAACCCUAUAUUUGCUCUCAUUGUGAGAUGAGAUUUCCUACAAAAAGUCAGCUUACCCGUCAUAUAAGAACACACACUGGAGAAAAACCUUAUCAUUGCUCUCAUUGUGACAAGAGAUUUUCUAACAAGGUCAAUCUUACAUAUCAUAUUAGAACACAUACAGGAGAAAAACCAUAUAUUUGCACUCAUUGUGAGAAGAGAUUUGCUAAAAAGAUUGAUCUUACCCGUCAUAUAAGAAUACACACAGGAGAAAAACCUUAUCAUUGCUCUCAUUGUGACAAGAGAUUUUCUAACAAGGUCAAUCUUACAUAUCAUAUUAGAACACAUACAGGAGAAAAACCAUAUAUUUGCACUCAUUGUGAGAAGAGAUUUUCUCAAAAGGGCGAUCUUACCCGUCAUAUAAGAACACACACAGGAGAAAAACCUUAUCGUUGCUCUUAUUGUGAGAAGAGAUUUUCUGAUAAUGUCGUUCUUACAAAUCAUAUUAGAACACAUACUGGAGAAAAACCCUAUAUUUGCUCUCAUUGUUACAAGGGAUUUUCUGACAAGUCCAUUCUUAAAAAUCAUGUUAAAACACACACAGGAGAAAAACCCUAUAUUUGCUCUUAUUGUGAGAAGGGAUUUUCUACCAAAAGUCAUCUUUCCCGUCAUAUAAGAACACACACUGGAUCAAAACCAUAUCAUUGCUCUCAUUGUGAGAAGAGAUUUUCUACCAAGGCCAAUCUUACAAAUCAUAUUAGAACACACAUAGGAGAAAAACUCUAUAUUUGCUCUCAUUGUGAGAAGAGAUUUUUAACCAAAGCCAUUCUUAAAAAUCAUGUUAGAACACACACAGGAGAAAAACCCUAUAUUUGCUCUCAUUGUGAGAAGAGAUAUUCUACCAAGGCAAAUCUUACAAAUCAUAUUAGAACACACACAGGAGAAAAACCCUAUAUCUGCUCUCAUUGUGAGAUGAGAUUUCCUACAAAGAGUCAGCUCACCCGUCAUAUCAGAACACACACUGGAGAAAAACCUUAUCAUUGCUCUCAUUGUGAAAAUGGAAUUUGUAAACAAAGCUGUCCUACACGUCAUUUAAGGACACGCACACAGGAGAAAAUCCCUAGAUUUUUUCUCAUUGUGAGAUUUUCCUAAAAGAGACCAUUAUGUAGAACACAUUGUCAGUUAUGAAUUUUGUACCGGAAAAAUGACGAUUUGCCAAUUACUAGAAACUCACAAUCUUCUGUGGUUGCAAUGUCCCACUAACCAAAAGUGACUUCGUAAAAAAAAAUCAGUGAACUGUAGCGUUGCUUCAACUUGCUUGGUUCCCUGGGAGUGUUCUGAACUUUUUGUAGAAUUCCGCCCCAGACGUUUGAUAGCUGAAACCGUAAACUACCUCCCGGAUUCCCAAUCCACCUGAUUUCUCUGUCUAAGAUUUCCAUGUUCUUGUUUAAAACAUGUCCUGUAGUGUCCACUCUAAAAUGACAGCUAUUUUGAUACCCAAGAAGAUUGGGGUGCUCAUUCAGCUCACCCGCUUGUGUUCUCGGCCAUCCACCACGCGAUGUGAUGCGUGUUGCCUGUGGCAUAAUCUACAAAAAUGAAGAUCAUAUGAAAAAAAAUCUCAUUACUAAUUGAUUAUGCUACUUUGUGCUUAAAAUCAAAAGUUUGCUCUAAUGAACUACAUAAGGCCCCAAAAUUUCUAACCCUAACCCUCCUCCAGUCUUACUUGGGUCAAUCAUAAUAAUAAUAACAAUAAUAAUAAUAAUUUGCAUUUAUAUAGCACUUUAUCAAUGUACUACUGCUCAAAGCCCUUCACUAUGGUUUAACUUGGCUAUUUGGAAGUUGAUUUGGUAGUGUGUACCAACUCAAAACUGGAGCCAAAAUGAAGGUAGAUAUUGAUAGGAGCAAUUACUACAGUAUUGUUGGGUGGAUGGUUUUUUAGUCCAGACUAUUUAUUUUUAGUAUUAUCUCGGUACAGUAUUACAAUUUAUAAUGUAUUAUUUACACCACAGGAACUAUAACUUGAUUUUUGUA